AUGGCUGCAGUAACACCUCACAAGAUUCCUGUUGUGGAUUUAUCCAUAGAGAACAUGAAACCAGGCACAAGUGCUUGGUAUUCAGCUCGCAAAGAUGUCCAGCGCGCCCUUGAAGAGUGUGGCAGUUUCGUAGCAGUAUAUGAUAAAGUUCCACUGGAGCUUCAUAAAACAAUGUUUGCCAAAUUAGAAGAACUAUUCAAUCUUCCCCAUGAUACCAAAAUUAAAAACACUAGUGAUAAACCUUACUUUGGCUACUACGGUCAAAUCUCCAUUCUUCCCCUAUAUGAAUGUAUGGGAAUUGAUAACCCGAUCACUAAAGAAGGAAUAGAAAGUUUCACAAAUCUCAUGUGGCCUGCAGGCAAUGAACUUUUUAGUGAAAGUACUCAUUUGUAUGCAAAGCUAGUAGAAGAGUUGUACCAAAUGGUGAUAAGAAUGGUAUUUGAAAGCUAUGGUGUAGGAGACUUUGAGACUCAAAUGGAAUCAACCACAGUCCUUCUCCGAUGCUUGAAAUACCGAGCACCCCAGCUGAAUGAAACUAAUAGGGGUUUACGCGGUCACACAGACAAGAACUUCUUGUCUAUACUUCAUCAAAACCAUGUCGGUGGUUUGGAAAUAAAGGUUAAAGAUGAAGAAUGGGUUACUUUUGAAUCCACCCCUUCGUCUUUCUUAUUUUUGGCUGGUGAUGGACUCAUGGCAUGGAGCAAUGAAAGAAUACGAUCCCCUUACCAUCAAGUCAUGUUGAACGGUAAAGAAAAUACAACAAGAUACUCCCUUGGGUAUUUUGCUUUGAUUAAUGGGGUGAUACAAACUCCUGAAGAGCUAGUGGAUGAUGAACACCCACUAAAGUAUAAGCCAUUUGACCAAUUUGAAUUUCUUCGAUUCGAUCAAUCAGAAGAGGGUCAGAAAUCCAAGUCUUCUAUCAAAGACUACUGUGGUGUCUGA